AUGGAUACGAAGCGUGGCACGAAGCUGCUCAUCUCUGGAUGGUGGGGCAUGUGUCGCCAUCCUAACUACUUUGGCGAUCUCUUGAUGGCUCUUGCAUGGUCUCUUCCGACCGGGUUUGAGACUCCGGUCACAUACUUCUAUGUCUCUUAUUUCCUGGUUCUGUUGAUGCACCGCCAAUAUCGGGACGACGAGAACUGCGAGAAGAAAUACGGCGAAGACUGGCAUAAAUAUAAGCAGCUGGUUUCGUACCGCAUUGUCCCCUACAUUUACUAGGAAGCAUUUUGCUUCAUUCUGACCUCAUAAUGAUCCCUUCGUAGGCGCAACCGUUAAUAUAAAUUUCUCACAGACCGAAAGAGUGUUCGCGUCACAAACCUCUGACGUUAGUGCACAGACAGUCGUUGGGCAA